GGCAUGAAGUCUCUAAUGUUUCCAACUUCGGCGCAGCAUUGAAAAGAGUUAAAACUCGGAAAGCUUUCUCAGUUUCUCAGAGGCAUUUCAACAGUAACCAUGGCUGCAUCUCCGGGGGAGAAUCGUGUUAUUACUCGGAGUCACACAAGGAAAGCAAAGGAGCAACUGAAUAACACUGAAGAUCGUCUCUCGUCCUUCUUUUAUUCUCUUCCUCGCUAUGGGCGAUCACAAAAGCUUCGGAAUAGUAGACCAUCUCAUUCAAAUGAUGAGAAGAAGCUAGACACUAAUAUGUUUGAGUCUUACUUAGAGGAUUUGUGGAACAGCAUAUCGGAAGAAAAGAGGAGUUCCUACACAUACCUUGACUGUUUAUGGUUUUCUUUGCACAAGAAAGGGUUGGCAAAGGAAAAUGUGCUCAAGUGGAUCAAGAAAAAGCAGAUAUUUUCAAGGAAAUAUGUUUUCAUUCCUAUUGUUUGCUGGAGGCACUGGAGUCUUCUUAUCUUUUGUAAUUUUGGGGAGAAAAGGCCGUCAAAUACCAAGAGGCCUUGUAUGCUACUUCUAGAUUCACUCCAACAAGCAGAUCCAGGGAAACUAGAGCCGGAUAUAAGAAGAUUUGUGUUGGACAUUUAUGGAGCGGAGGCAAGAAAAGAGAAGGAAGCUGUUAUAUCCAAAAUUCCUCUGUUUAUUCCAAAGGUGCCACAACAGAGAAAUGGUGAGGAAUGUGGUAUCUUUGUUCUCUACUUCAUAUAUCUGUUUGUCCAGAAUGCACCUACGAGUUUCUCUCUGGAUGGUUAUCCAUAUUUUCUCAAGGAAGAUUGGUUUGCUCCAGAUGACCUAGAAAGCUUUCGAAAGAAAAUCCACUCUUUUGAAUGUAGUAAGAACAUUGAAUCUGAUACUCGUCAGCAAAGGCAUUUGGGGGGAUCAGAUUUAUAUGGUCUAACCCCUGAAUGCAGAGAAGCUGUUUCCUCAUCUGAGUCCCAAAAUGUGGUUACAAAAAAAGAAUGGGCCUUGGUGCCAGGGAGCAAUGGAAUGAUCGUAGACAUCCAAUGAUGCACAGACUAAACUAACCUUUGUCAAUAUAAGCGGCAAAAGUGACAGGCAUUGAAUACCCCCCUUCUUGUUCCGACCUAAGUUCGUUCGUCUCAAUUAGUAGACAAUCAUUCAGCGUAUUUGUUCGAGCGGUGAACAUCGCCAUUCUUUUCAUGUUGUUUCCCACUGGAGUUUGUUUGUUUGUCUACAAGAUCACUGAUUGAAUUACAGUAACAGAAGAUUGAAUCAACAGAUAGAAUACGAAACUGCCUAUCCUUUUCGUUGUUAAAUGUCAAAUAUUACUAGUACAGAUUAAACAUUUCUUACAUGUUUGAUUAAUGGAUUUCCAACCAGUUCAUGCUGAAUACUGUAAUACUGUGAGACCCUUGGUUUAUUGUACAUUGGUCUGUAAUUCCAGGAUUUAUAUCAGAAUA